GCUAACGCGCAGUACGGAAGUGUGCCCGAGCAUACCGGAAGCCGCAGAAAGAGAGCGAUGGCGGGUUUGAAUGUAAGAGACCCUGCGGUAGAUCGUUCACUACGUUCAGUGUUCGUGGGGAACAUUCCAUAUGAGGCUACUGAAGAGCAAUUAAAGGACAUCUUUUCUGAGGUUGGACCUGUUGUUAGUUUCAGGUUGGUAUAUGAUAGGGAGACAGGAAAACCAAAGGGUUAUGGCUUCUGUGAAUACCAAGACCAAGAGACAGCACUUAGUGCCAUGAGAAACCUGAAUGGGCGCGAAUUCAGUGGGAGAGCACUUCGAGUGGACAAUGCUGCCAGUGAAAAGAACAAAGAAGAGCUGAAGAGCCUUGGCACUGGUGCCCCUGUCAUUGAGUCACCUUAUGGAGAGACCAUCAGUCCUGAGGAUGCCCCUGAGUCCAUUAGCAAAGCAGUUGCCAGUCUUCCACCAGAGCAGAUGUUUGAGCUGAUGAAACAGAUGAAGCUCUGUGUCCAGAAUAGUCCCCAGGAAGCACGGAACAUGUUACUCCAAAAUCCUCAACUGGCUUAUGCUUUGCUACAAGCACAGGUAGUGAUGAGAAUUGUGGAUCCAGAAAUUGCCCUGAAAAUUCUGCAUCGCCAGACAAAUAUCCCAACGCUGAUUGCAGGCAACCCUCAGCCAGUCCACAGUGCUGGGCCUGCCUCAGGAUCCAAUGUGUCAAUGAACCAGCAGAAUCCUCAGGCCCCUGGGGCCCAGUCUUUGGGUGGAAUGCAUGUCAAUGGUGCACCUCCUUUGAUGCAAGCUUCUAUGCAGGCUGGAGUUCCAGCACCAGGGCAAAUACCAACAGCUGUAACAGGACCGGGCCCUGGUUCCUUAGCUCCUGGAGGAGGAAUGCAGGCCCAGGUUGGAAUGCCAGGAAGUGGACCAGUGUCCAUGGAGCGGGCACAAGGAACCCUACAGCACUCGCCCGUGGGACCUGCCGGGCCUGCGUCAAUUGAGCGAGUUCAAGGGCAGAGAACAUGGAUGAUAUGGGCAUCUGUCCGAGGCUGUACUCCCUCCCUACUGGUGUCAGGAGGCUUGGAUGGAAUAGCAGUCUUGCCGAUGCAAGACCCCAGAGCAGCUAUGCAGCGUGGGCCCUUGCCUGCCAACAUCCCAACUCCUCGAGGUCUGUUAGGAGAUGCUCCAAAUGACCCACGUGGGGGCACUUUACUUUCUGUAACUGGAGAGGUAGAGCCUAGAAGUUACCUGGGACCACCUCAUCAAGGUCCACCCAUGCACCAUGUCCCUGGCCAUGAUGGCCGUGGCCCACCCCCACAUGAGAUGAGGGGAGGACCAUUAGCUGAGCCGAGACCUCUAAUGGCAGAGCCAAGAGGACCCAUGCUAGAUCAGAGGGGCCAACCCUUGGAUGGCAGAGGCGGAAGAGAUCCCCGAGGCAUAGACACACGAGGGAUGGAGGCACGAGCCAUGGAGGCAAGAGGAUUAGAUGCCAGAGGAUUGGAGGCCCGCGCGAUGGAGGCCCGCGCGAUGGAGGCCCGUGCGAUGGAGGCCCGUGCGAUGGAGGCCCGCGCGAUGGAGGCCCGCGCGAUGGAGGCCCGCGCGAUGGAAGUCAGAGGGAUGGAGGCCAGAAGCAUGGAUACAAGGGGCCCAGUCCCUGGCCCUAGAGGCCCAAUACCUAGUGGAAUCCAGGGUCCCAAUCCAAUUAACAUGGGAGCAGUUGGCCCCCAGGGAUCCAGACAGGUUCCAGUCAUGCAGGGAGCAGGCAUGCAGGGAGCAAAUAUCCAGGGUGGAGGCCAGCCUGGUGGCUUUAGUCCUGGCCAAAACCAAGUCACUCCACAGGACCAUGAGAAGGCUGCUUUGAUAAUGCAGGUUCUUCAACUGACUGCAGACCAGAUUGCCAUGCUGCCUCCUGAACAGAGGCAGAGUAUCCUGAUCUUAAAGGAACAAAUACAGAAAUCCACUGGAGCGCCUUGAAAGGUUUUCAAAAAUACCUGGCAACAAAUCUGGAAAUUAAUCUCAUAACUUUAUUGAAAUGUUUCAAAAAAGAUGACUUCUACAUCCUAACCCUUGAAUGACUCAAAUUGGUACCAGGUGGAGGACUCCCAUCGUCUUCUCUCAGAACAAAAACAGAUCAUUCUGUUGUCUUAGUUUGUAUAUUUUCUGUGACUUGAAAUAAACUUGGAACACAGUUUUACUA